AAAAAAUUUUAAAUUUAACAAGUUAAAGGACUUAAGAAGAGAAAUGUCGGUGACUUUACAUACAACUGCUGGAAAUAUAAAAAUUGAAUUGUUUUGUGAAAAGUGUCCAAAGAGUAGUGAGAAUUUCCUCGCCUUAUGUGCCAGUGGACAAUACAAUGAUUGUAUUUUUCAUCGCAAUAUAAAGUCCUUUUUAGUCCAAAGCGGUGAUCCAACAAAUCGAGGUUCUGGCGGUCAAUCUAUUUGGGGAGCGCCUUUUGAGGACGAAUUUUAUGAAGAUAUUAAGUUCGACGCCCGUGGAAUUCUAGGCAUGGCAAGUAAUGGCCCAAAUACAAAUCGCUCCCAAUUUUUUAUUAUUUAUGAUAAACAGCCUUCCCUGGACUUGAAAUAUACUGCUUUUGGAAAAGUUAUUGACGGUUUUGAUACUUUGGAGGAAUUGGAAAAUACUAAAGUUGAUUCUAAAUACAGGUUUUUUUGGGGUUUUUUUUGGUUUUUAAAUUAUAAAGCGUAUUUAAGAAAAUUAUUUUCGAUUUUAUAUUACCUAGUUUAGCAGGAUUUUGUCUGCUAGUUAUUUUUUGGCUGGGUGGUGUUUGUAGGAGUAUGGGGGUCGUGAGUUCGAAUCCGACUGG